AUGGUUUCCGCGAAUUCUAGUAUCUUUGUUUCGGCAGCACGGUAUCUCCAGAUUGCUCUGGCUUUGGCUCAAAACGAGCCCUCCCCGGGCCAAUUACCUAUCACAGCCAACUGUACUAAAACCUGCAAGCAAUUGGGCACUGAGUUCCCUUCUAUAUUUCAUCCAGGCAACGACGACCCAGACUUUGCAAUCUGGGAUGCCAAAGCUCAAGGAGUUCAGCCAGCUUGCCGUGUGGAGCCGGGUAAUGCCGUCGAGGUAGCCAGAGUUCUCGAGAUCGCGGUUGAGAAUCGCUGCCAGAUUGCCAUCAAGAGCGGUGGGCAUUCCACUAACCGCGAUGCAUCCAACUCGGUCGGCGGAGUCACCGUCGACCUCGUGAGGAUAAACCAUGUCAGAUUGCUGGAUGACCACAUUCAGGCCGACUUUGGACCAGGACUGAUCCUCAGAGAUGCAUAUGCUGCUCUCGAGCCAUUCAACUUGAGCAACUUUGGCGGCAGGACAGCUGAUGUCGGACUGGCCGGGUACACAAUCGGGGGCGGACUGACCGCUCUUGCUCCCAAAUUCGGACUGGCUCUUGACAAUGUUUUUGAGUACGAGGUGAGCAUUUGUUUCGAGUCCCAUUGCGACGAUGGAUGGGCUAUAUGGCGAGUUGAAACUGACCACAUCUACGCCAAGCUCGUGCUGCCCAACUCGACUAUAGUCAAUGUAAGCGAGCAAGUCCACCCAGACUUGUACUUUGCACUUCGUGGCGGCGGAAACAAUUUCGGAAUCAUCACCAACUUUCGGGCACGCGUUGUUCCCCAAGGCCAAAGACUUGGCGGCGGGAAGACAUAUUCCGCGAACUACACCGAUCAACUCAUUGACCAGGGAUACCAGCUUGCCACAACGCUGUCCAAUGAUUUGGACAUGGCUUUCCACAACCGUUACUUCUAUACUCAGUCCGAAGAUUCCUUCAGUUGGAGUUUCUUUCAGGAAUAUAACCAGCCUGUCCUCAAUCCAUCUGUCUUUGAUGGUCUCAAUCAGAUUCCUUCCCUCACAGAUCAAGUCCGCAUUGACCACGCGAGUGUCUUGUCACUCGACGAGGUUUCUCCACAUGGAUUUCGACGCCUCUAUGCCACAGUAACAUUCCAUCCGUCCCGGGAGCUUCACAGAAAAAUCAUCGACAUCUUUGCCGAAGAAGUACAAGGCAUCAAGGCGACAGCCAACCUCACGACGGCUAUUGUUGUGCAGGCCCUACACAUCAACUCAAUCAAGGCCAUGAAUCAACGUGGAGGAAACGCUCUGGGUAUUGAGUCUGACGGGUCAUUGCUGAUUGCGCUCCUGACACUGGGAUGGGGAAAAUCGGAGGAUGACACUGCCAUUUACAGCUUUGCUGAGAGGUGGACUAAUCGUUCCAGGUCAGAGGCCGAGGCGAAGGGUCUCUUUCACCCUUGGCAGUAUAUUAAUUAUGCAGGUCCAUUUCAGGACCCAUUCUCGUCCUACGGUGAAGCUAGCAAACUUCGACUUCAGGAGAUCCAGCGGAACACAGACCCGGCGGGAAUAUUCACUUCACAAGGACUUGUCCGGGGCUCUUUCAAACUGCUAUGA